UGUUCUUCCGUGUUAUUUCAGUAUCGAGAGUACAAGAGGCCAGAUCAGACAAUCCUUGACAAAUAUUCAUUUACCAAACACACAAACACAAGAUUUGGAAUAUCAUUGAGAAAACAUGUAUUGUAAACUCAUCGCAGCCGUUGUGGUACUUCUAAGCGUCAGCUGUUUUGCCAAGCAAUCUGAGCCAAAGGUCCAAGUAUACAGCCGCAAUGUUGGAUUGUUUGGGCAAAAGAAUGUGCUGAUUUGCCACGCAAGUGGCUUUCAUCCUCCUGAUAUCGUCAUUGAUCUCCUCAAGAAUGGUAAUGUGAUUCCUGAGUCAACACAGACUGACCUGGCCUUCGAACAAGGUUGGGACUUCCACCUGACAAAACAUGUCGAAUUCUUGCCCCAGAGUGGAGAAGAUUACGCCUGCAGAGUACGACACAUGACCACCACCAAGACCUACACAUGGGAGCCCGACAUGUGAAUGUACAACACAUUUACAUCUCUACAAAACACCAGAGCCAUCAAGCUGCAUAAACUCCAAGAAUUCUGCAAUACUACAAACUCAAGAAUAACCAUUAGCUGUAAUAUACAUCAAGAUGUCAGUAUAAUUUCUCAGCUUUACAGCUUGGCUGCACUAUGCUUCCAUGUCUUCAUUGUCCUUCUGAAACCUUGGAUAUCCAAAUUCGUUUUUUUUCUGGAAAUGGAAAAACAUUUGUACUUCUUAAAUGAUUAAAUACUGUGUAGACACAGUUGACAAGCACUUUUUCUACCUAUUAUUGGUUGGCUAUUUUGCAAAACCCAGUGACAAACAUAAAGGGUGACUAAUAAUAAUGAUUAAUGGCAACAAAAAAAAAAAAUAUGGAGAUACGAGGUUUCAGAAUGAUAGCACCUAUAUAUCUCUUUAAACUUAAGUAGGUUUGUGACUAUAGAUAGCAGUGAAUAAAUGUCUGGAUACCAUGUUUAUUGCAACAAUUGACUUAAUUUUCUAAAUUUCUCCUUUACAACGGGAGCACUUGUUUAAAUUAAUUAAAUUAAUUUUUGCCUGUAUUAUACAAUGUAAUUAAACUAGAGAGCAUCAUAUUUGAACAUCCCUUGUAAUAAAAAAGAAUAUUUGUGAGAAGGGCAGGGUCUGGGGGGGAGGCAUGGCCCCCUUGCAUUUCUUGAGCCCCUCCAAAAAUAUCCAGCUGACAAUUCAAAUAAUAAAAAUGAAUAUUAUUUAAUAAUAGUUAUUAAAUACUUAAUUGUUUACUCUAUUAAAUAAUAAUCUGUUAAUUUGAUUACAGAAAAAUUAUAAAUGAUGCAUGCAAUGAACUUUGAUUAUGUAUUUGCCCAACCAGAAUAUGUAAUUGCCUCCCAAGUCGAGCCAGCUUUUUACCGUGCCUGUUUGUGACACAGAUAAUGUUCUGUGAAAAAAAUAACAUAAAUUGGGUUUUUUAGAGGUAGGACACUUUUUUUAUAAAAAAAUUAUAAUCAUUUGAUGUAACUCGCUGAUGACCUCAAUAAAAUGAUUUGUUCUUUAA